AUGAAACUCAAGCAUAAAGGAGUUGUUACCAACAGCGGACGCGAAAUGAUUAUGGAACUGUCCAGUGCCCGUGUACCAGACAGUAGCAUCGAUUCUGUUAUCCAGACAGUCGGCAGAUGGCUCGGUAUCCAUGUUUGCAAUGCGAUAUCGGAGCGCACAGUAGGGCGGAUUAUCAAAGAAGGGGGAGUCGCUGCAAAGCUACAAAUGGUGCAUGAAAUUGAGAGGGAAAAGGGCUUCACUGUCAGUGGAGAUGGAACAACUAUUAGACAUUUGAACUUUGACGCAAAGCACAUUACUGUCAACGCACCUUCAUAUGAGUCUGGCAAUGCCUCAGAUAGCCAAACAACACCCCAGCUCGAAAGCUGGAAGGAGAUCAGCUCCAAUGCCUAUGAUACCUAUAAUCAAGCAUUCAAGGCUGACGGAAAGUACGCAGACCCACUUAGCUUUGCUUGGUAUAUGCUCAGAAAUGGAUCUGACCAUUCUGAGGACCAGCAAAAGUUGGAUUGGCUCCUGGUCGGAUGGAAGGAACUGUGGUAG